UUGCGAAAAUCGGUUUAUCGUUAUAGCACAUUGGUAAAUAACUGCGCGCCAACAAAAUCUUCAUUUAUACGCCAUAGCGCCUCCAAACAAUUUCAUUUCAUUAAUAAUAUAAAAUAACAUCAUGGGAAUUUUGGGCUUAGCGAAAUUGAUCGCAGAUAUUGCACCAUCCGCCAUAAAGGAAAAUGAAAUCAAAAACUACUUUGGCCGUAAAGUGGCUAUUGAUGCAUCUAUGUGCCUGUAUCAAUUUCUAAUUGCCGUACGUGCUGAUGGUGCACAACUAACCACUGUGGAUGGUGAACCUACUUCACAUUUGAUGGGUAUGUUUUAUCGCACCAUACGCAUGUUGGAGCACGGCAUCAAGCCGGUAUAUGUGUUUGACGGUAAGCCACCAGAUCUAAAGUCGGGUGAAUUGGCUAAACGUGCUGAGCGUCGUGAAGAGGCACAAAAGGCCUUAGAGAAGGCGGAAGAAGCCGGCAAUGCAGAGGAAGUGGAGAAAUUCAAUCGACGUUUGGUGCGUGUUACGAAAGAGCAUUCGCGUGAAGCGCAGGAACUACUUAAAUUAAUGGGUGUGCCAUAUGUGGUGGCACCCUGUGAGGCGGAAGCGCAAUGUGCGGCGCUAGUAAAGUCGGGUAAAGUUUAUGGCACUGCUACAGAGGAUAUGGAUGCGCUUACUUUCGGCUCAAGUGUGCUGUUGCGGCAUUUAACAUUUAGCGAGGCGCGCAAAAUGCCGGUUAAAGAGUUUAGCUAUGAGAAAGUGCUACAAGGCUUCGAACUGACAAGCACGGAGUUCAUAGACCUCUGCAUACUGCUGGGUUGUGAUUACUGCGAAGGCAUUAAAGGUAUUGGUCCAAAACGCGCAAUUGAAUUAAUUAAUACUUAUCGUGAUAUUGAGACAAUACUCGAAAAUAUUGAUCAAAAGAAAUAUACCGUUGCGAAAGAUUGGAAUUAUAAAGUUGCGCGCGAGCUCUUUAUAAAACCCGAAGUAGCAGAUCCACUAACUAUUGAGCUUAAAUGGACUGAACCAGAUGAGGAAGGUUUGGUGAAAUUUCUCUGUGGUGAUCGCCAAUUCAAUGAGGAUCGUGUACGCGCUGGCGCAAAGAAAAUACAAAAGUCAAAAAAUACACAAACGCAAGGACGUUUAGAUAGUUUCUUUAAGACUAUACCAUCUACGAAUAAAGCUACACCUAAACGCAAAACAGAAGACGACAAGAAGACUGCCAAUAAAAAAGCAAAGACUGGCGGUGCCGCACGUGGCAGGCGUCCCAAGUAAGACCUUAUUGUUGUAAUUGUAUUACUGACUAUAAAUAACUAUUCUAAGUAAUAAGCGUGUUUAGUAAUUAAGUAUAUUUUUGAAAAUACGGGCUGUAAUGCCGCAGACACAUUGUUAAAAAUUAAAGCCACAUAUACUGCUGUCAUAAUUUGUUAAAACUCAAUUUUGUUUGUUUAAUAAUUUUAAUUUUUUUUAUAUCAAUGAAAGUUGACAGUACAGUUUAUUUAUUAUUAAAUUCUAAAACUUAGUUCGCAACUAUUUGAUAUUACAACAAUAUUUUACAUUUAAGUCAAGUCUACAACUUGUGUGUAAACGUAAAAAACUGCUUACAACUAUAAGUACGAUUAAGGCUUAAAUUUAUUACAAAUGUCUCGUAAAUAAUGGAAUAAAAAUAAAAGUUGUGCACUAUUAUGAA